GGGCGGGGCGGGAGGCGGAGGCGCCGCGUAGGCCCGGGAGGCCGGGCCGGCCCGGCUGGGAGCUCGAGUCCCAUGCGCUGCCGCCUCCCCCCACGAUGUUCCCCUCCCGGAGGAAAGCGGCGCAGCUGCCCUGGGAGGACGGCAGGUCCAGGUUGCUCCCCGGCGGCCUCCCCCGGAAGUGUUCCGUCUUCCACCUGUUCGUCACCUGUCUCUUCCUGGGCUUCGUCUCCCUGCUCUGGCUGCAGCUCAGCUGCUCCGGUGACGUGGCCCGGGCGGCCAGGGGACAAGGGCAGGAGACCCCGGGCCCACCCCGGUCCUGCCCCCCCGAGCCGCUGCCUGAGCACUGGGAAGAAGACGCGUCCUGGGGCCCCCACCGCCUGGCCGUGCUGGUGCCCUUCCGCGAGCGCUUCGAGGAGCUCUUGGUCUUUGUGCCGCACAUGCACCGCUUCCUGAGCCGCAAGAAGAUCCAGCACCACAUCUACGUGCUCAACCAGGUGGACCACUUCAGGUUCAACCGGGCGGCGCUCAUCAACGUGGGCUUUCUGGAGAGCAGCAACAGCACGGACUACAUCGCCAUGCACGACGUGGACCUGCUGCCUCUCAACGAGGCUCUGGACUACGGCUUCCCCGAGGCCGGGCCCUUCCACGUGGCCUCCCCGGAGCUGCACCCGCUCUACCACUACAAGACCUAUGUGGGCGGCAUCCUGCUGCUGUCCAAGCAGCACUACCAGCUGGUGAGGCCCGGCCCGCGCUGGGAGCCGGGGGUGCCCGCCCGGCUGGGGCCCCUGCAGCAGGAGCGGCUGUGCCGGGAGCCCCGGAGCGGCCAGCGACCUGGGAGAGGAGCAGGACCGAGUGAGGCAGUGAGGGAGGCCGCAGGGGCAGGAACCCCGCACAAGCCGGCUGCAGCAGACUCGGGGUUCCUUGGCUCUCAAACUGGACCCGUCUGGCUGGGGCCGGGGGAGGGUCUGGCUUCAGGCGCGGCUGGCCCAGCCUCUCAGCCAGGGUCCCUGGGACACCAUUUCAGCCGCCGUCUCUCAGCUCAGCUUUGUCCCGAGUGGCUUUGUUUUCAGACAUUCAAGGUGCACUGUGGUUGUCAUAGCUGCGCCCCGCGUCCACCUAGACCCAGGUUCAGUGGAAGAUGAAGUCCCUUCCCCAGCAGCCCAGACAGCAGGCCCCGAACUUGCUGCUUCUCGACUGGCCUGCCUUGAGUCAGGGGCCCACCCCGAGGCAGGGGCUGUGGCUGGAG